AUGGUCGCAACGCCUGGAUCAACCGCUCAUACCGCGAAUCAUCCGCAACAGAAGUAUACUCGCAACAACCAAGCCCAUCACAAGCAAAGCCCCAACCUCAGUCUCCUCCACAACAUCAGCAACAACAUCCAAACACUCCCCAAUCGAUCGAUCAAGAUAGCGACAAAGAUUCCCCCGCAAUCCCCUCAAAAUAACAUUCUCUCGCUGUUUGCGCAUAGUGUCACCCCGGAUGUCCACAAAAUCACUGAUAAAAACAAUCGCCUCCACGAUGCGCCCAUACUGACCCUCAUCAACUUCCAUUCCGGUCCCAAUGGAAGCAGCCAUCACCCCAUGGAAAGCAGCACUAUCAAUAUGCCGAUGGACCUGCAGUCCUGUCAUGCGACUCCCAUAAGUACCUUCAGGAAGUCGACCCCGACUAUGGUCCUUAUAAUACCCGAGAACUCGACACUGAAGAAUAUAAGCGGCGAGGUUGUCGAACUGCCAGUCGCCGACCCUCCCAGCCAGAUUGCAGACUUUCAAAAAGGCCACUGCAGCUGCGCCGACUUGCUGAAGCAAUUUGAGACCCUUUGCAUCGGCUGCUUCACAGUAAUCACCGAUCAGAAUGUCGUUGCAUGA